AUGGCUACAAUCGUGUCCCUACUGCAGGUAGUUCUGUCUGGACACAGCAUUACAGUGGUGCUGAUUUGUUUUGUGGCCUUUCUGGUUUCUUUAACUGUGGCCGCAAAGUUCUCAGCACAUGGACGGAGGAAUACUCCACCCGGCCCGCCUGGAUGGCCAGUUCUCGGUAACCUCCCCAGUCUGACAAAAGACAUACACUUACAGUUGACGAAAUGGCGUUAUCAAUAUGGAGACGUCUUUAGCGUCAGGUUCGGUCUACAGGACGCUGUUAUUGUGAACGGCAGUGAGGCUAUAAAGGAGGCCUUGGUGCAGAAGGCCAAUCACUUCUCCAACCGCCCAGACUACUACCUAGUGCGCUGUGUGAACAUGCACUUUGGUGCAGUUUUUUGUCUAUACGGUGAUCGUUGGAGUGCACUUCGCCGCUUCACCGUGUCAACGCUUCGGUUCUUUGGUAUGGGGACUACCAUCCUAGAGGAGAAGAUUCAGGAGGAGUGUCGUCACUUCUGCAGCGCAUUGCGGCUUCUAGUGGGACAGCCUGUGGACCUCAAAAAUCGCCUGGAAACUUCUGUGUCUAACAUCAUCGUCUACAUGGCGGUAGGGAAGAGGUUUGAGUACGGAGACCCGAAAUUCGGUCGUUUGCAAAUACUUGCUGAACGGAUCAAUGUGACAUUCUAUAAACUAUACAUCGUAAACUGUUUCCCCAUGCUCCGCUUCUUUCCGGGCUUCAGGAAAAUGUACAACGAAUUGAUGGAUCGGACAGCAGAACUGUACAGCUACAUCCGAGAGUACAUCGGCCAGCACGGAAACACAGCACCGGAUGACAUCCGGGACUUCAUCGACGCCUUCAACAAGACAAAACAGGACAAUCCAGGCUUCCUGCCCGACAUGACUCUGACGUACUUAAUCGCUGAUUUGUUUUCCGCGGGAACAGAAACCUCUUCCCUUACCUUAUGCUGGGGUUUCCUGUACCUCACGGCGUAUCCUGACGUGCAGGAGAAGGUUCAAGCCGAGCUGGACAGGGUUGUGGGGCGGGAUCGUCCCCCAGCCUUCAGCGACAGGAUCAACCUGCCGUACACGGAGGCCACCAUCAUGGAGAUCCAGCGCAUCGCCACUAUCAUCCCACUCCUCCCACAUCGCACCUCCGACGACACUACCUUGCUCGGGUACGACAUUCCUGCAGGUACAAACGUGAUCGUGAACCUGUGGGACCUCCACAUGGACCCGAGCCGCUGGCCGGACCCACACAGGUUCGACCCCGCCAGGUUCCUGGGCGAGAACGGGCGGCUACUGACACACGACGCCUUCAUGCCGUUUUCAACAGGAUAUCGCAGGUGUUGGGGCGAACAGAUGGGGAAGAUGGAGUUAUUCUUGUUCCUCACUAACACCCUACAACAGUUCACCCUGAAGUUACCGGAGGGUACAGAGCCUGAUUUCCACGGCAUCAGCACUGCCUUCAUUUACCCUCGUCCAUUCAGCCUUAUUGUAACUAAACGGGAGUAGUUAAGUAUGGCUACAGGUAUCUACUUAUCUUUUACAUGUAUAGUACAGUCUGAAUUGCAAAUGUAAAUACAAGUGCUUGUAAGCAAUGAGCUAUUGGUGCAAAAGCGCAGCAAGCACAAGGCGUGGUUGAGGUUUUUGAUGAUGAGCUGUAGUUGCGCUAUAACUCGUAAGAAAGUUCCUCAUUUUUCUUAAAGAUAUAAGCAAGAGAUAAAAACGAUGUGACAUUAGUGCUAAGAACACGUAUAUUUAGACUCAUUUAGACCUUAUGAUUCAGGAACCCGACUAGGAAAAGUAUUAUUCUUUAGAACGGCAGUUCGGCACUUAUCAUUUCAUAAGAAAAAAAAUUUGCAUCAGUUUUGUUUAUCAUAGUUCCGGUGUAAAUCUAUGAAAAGUAAGGGCGUUUUAUCUAUUCUUUACAGACCAUUUGUGACAGUCUAGUAUUUGUAAGACGAGUAAUAUGUCACCACGAAUUUUAAACGAUGUAAAUGUAAUCUUUGAUGGCAUACAAUAG